AUGAGCGCAGAUACGCAGCUCGACGCAGCUCUCGAUCUCCUCCGCCGUCUCUCACCACUAGAAAUCAAACAGAAUCUAGCCAAAAUCACACAAUUAGUCCCAGAUAUACAAGAAGACCUCCUCUCCGCAGUCGACCAGCCCCUCGAAGUAGCCAGAUGCAAAAAGACCGGCCGUGACUAUUUACUAUGCGACUACAACCGUGAUGGUGACUCCUUCCGCUCACCAUGGUCGAACGAGUUCGAUCCACCUAUCGAUGAUGCAGCCUAUCCAUCUGAUCGGGUACGGCGCAUGGAGGUUGAGGCGAACGAAGCGUUUACAGUCUAUCGAAGUCUAUACUAUGAGGGCGGCAUUGGUAGUGUAUACCUCUGGGACCUCGACGACGGCUUCGCAGGCGUGGUGCUGUUGAAGAAGGAGAGUGGACGAGGUGAAGAUGCUGCAGGAUGGGAUAGUAUACAUGUCGUGGAAGUCGACGAACGGGGCAAGACGUCCAAGAGUGCACAUUACAAACUCACAUCUACAGUCAUAUUACACCUGGGCAAGGACAACGAUGCUGUAGGUAGCUUGACGUUAGCAGGCAGUUUGACGAGACAAGUGGAAAGUGAUCUUGCAAUUGAGAGUACUGGAAGUCUGGGUCGAGAUGGCGGCCAUGUGGCCAACAUUGGUCGUCUGGUUGAGGACAUGGAGGGCAAGAUGAGGAAUCAGUUGCAAGAAGUGUAUUUUGGCAAGGCCAAGGACGUGGUGGGAGACUUGAGGAGUGUGGCCAGUUUAGGCCAGGUCGAACAGGACCGCCGGACACAGAGAGAAGUCUUUCAGAGCAUGGGUGGAAAAUAA